AUGAGCAAUCUUUCUUCUUCGAUUUGGCCGCAACUUCUGCGGCUUUCGAAAUCCCCACGAUGGUUAAUAAAAAAAUCACGAAAGAAAGAAGCAAAACAAUCACUGAUCAGAAUCCGAAAUAGCGAAACUGUCGAAGAAGAAAUAUGGGAGAUUGAAAAUAUUUUCAAACAUGCGCCGUCACCAAUUAAAAAUUCAGGUGCAGGCAAUUUGCUCCUGAUGAUGUUUAAAAGUCGAUCUGUAAGAAGGGCUCUGAUGGUAGGCUGUGGAAUACAGUUAUUUGCUGAGUUCUCUGGUGUGAAUACAAUUAUCUACUACAGUGGCAUUAUCAUCCAAAUGUCUGGCGUUGGUGAUAUGACUACCGUCAUUUGGAACACUGUAAUUAUUAACUUCAUUAACCUGACGUUUGCAAUUGUCGGCGUGUGGCUGGUCGACCGUGUCGGUAGAAGGACAUUGGCAAUUGUUGGACUUUUAGGUUUGUCCGUGAGCAGCUGUUGUUUGGGUACCAUUUUUCUCAUGGCUACGAAAUAUUCUCCUUGGAUCAAUACCACAGACGGCCUCCUUAACAGCACCUGCUCCCUCUACAGCUAUUGUGACGACUGUAUCAGAGAUCCACUCUGUGGCUUUUGUUAUGAAAACAAACCUAACGUCAACAACGGUGCUUGUUUACCAGUCAGUGACGUCUCAUAUCUGAUAUCCAAAGCAGGGGCAUGUAACUCUACAUUAACUCUUUCGAAAUAUUCCAUGAAAUGGGCUUAUGAUUAUUGUCCCGUACCUUUCACGUGGGUAGCGAUUGUCGGACUCGCGUUCUUUCUUAUGUUCUGCGCUCCAGCCAUCGGUCCUCUACCCUGGACUAUCAAUGCUGAGAUUUACCCACUUUGGGCACGCAGUAUAGGCAAUGGGAUUGGAUCCAUGACUUGUUUGGUGAGCAACCUCAUCGUCUCGGUGACAUUCCUCUCCGUUAUAGAAGCCAUUCAUAAUUACGGUGUUUUCUAUGUGAUGGCAUCCGUGGCAGUGUCACAUCUAAUCGUUUCUAUCUAUCUAUCUAUCUAUCUAUCUAUCUAUCUAAACAAGUUUUAUUAA